CUUACAUCUUGUGUCCCGACCCAUCCCAAAGCCUUGACCCCAUAAAAAAACUCCAUCCCUCUCUCUCGAAAGCCAUUCGAAGCGCUGGCCCGAGAGGAAGGACCGAAGCGCCCGAAAGCGAAACCCUAGAAAAAAAGGAGGCCAUCCCCCCUUCUUUCUUGACCCCUUUCUCAAAAGAUCUGUUGGAGCUCCCCUGUCCUUCUCCCUCUUCGCCUGUUCUUCUCCGUUUUUCUUUUCUUUUCGUUUUUUGGAAUUUUUUUUUGGGGUAUUUUCAGGGUGAAAUGGAUGGACUCCGAGGGUUUGGCUCUGAUCGGUGCUAAAGAUCGAACCUUCCGAGCUUUUGCUCGAACUGUGUUUUGACUGGUUUCUAUCUAAUGCCUCUUUUCUGUUCUGGAAUUAGGGUUUCUUGUCCGGCUCUCCCACUGAGCUCCUAAUCUCCCGCCCGCGCCCUUCCGGAAAGCCGGCUGUUCGGAUUGUGAAGAUAAACCUCAGUUUGGUUUUAAGCAGCUACAAAGGAUGUCGUCACCGUAUCCGGUUCUCAACAACAAACCCAUUGAUCAAUGGAAGGUUACUGAAUUAAAAGAAGAGCUUCGUAGAAGGAAGUUGCCUGUUAAGGGUCUGAAGGAGGACCUGGUGAAGCGGUUAGAUGAAGCAGUUCGAAAUGAGAAUGAAUCGACUAAUGAAGAAGUGGAUAAUGGCCUUGAUCCUGCUCCAGAUCCUAAGGACAAUGGUGAUCAAGAGGAAGCAGAUCUGCCAGCGGAAGCUCAUACUGAAUUUGUCGUAGAUCAAGUUGAGAAAACUGACAAUGAUGCCACUAUGGCUGACAUGGAUUGUGGCCCUCUGGAUGUCAAUCAAAGUGUCAAAGUUCAAGAUGGGGAUCCAUUGCCUGUUAUGGGAUCAGAUGCAGCAGCUGGGGAAUCAUCAUUUAAUGCAGCUUCCAUGGAAGACAGUGUGGAUGAAAGCAAAAUAGUGACUCUUAAUAACGAUUCAAGUGGUCAAGAGUUGAGACAUGACGAAAAGCACGAGGAUUCAAAGCCUACCAUGGACGAUGUCAAGCUCAGCCCUUCAGAACCGAACAAUCAGGUAUCUGAGGUCAGCCCAGAUUUAGGGUCCCAAGUAAAGUGUGAGUCAAUUUCUAUUGAUUCUGUGUCAAUUAUUGAAAAAAAUGAACUAAAGGAUAAUUUGAAUGCUGACAAUUUUCAUUUAGAAGUUGUUAAACCGGAGAUGGUGCAAACAUCAUCCAGCAAUGAUCCUCCCAUUGGUGGUGAUUUGCACCCCUUGGAUGAUGACAAAGAGCUGGUUAAGAACCAGGUCUCUUUGGAAGAAACCAAUGCCAAAUAUGCUACACAUAUGGAACUUAGCAAGAAAGAAGAUAGUGCAGAUGGAGGUUCUCCAGAAAAAUUAAAUUUAGAUAGGAGUUCUGGUGAUGAAUCGAUGGAGGAGGAUGUCUUGGAAAGUAAACAUAUUGAGUCCAAUAUUAAGUCUGAUGAACUGGGAGAAAAAACUGAGGCCAGCAAAAUGCAUGCUGAAGAAAAGGAGACCAGUGUUGAUGCUGUGGGGGGUGGGUCUGCUCUUGAAAAGAAGGAUACUGUUGAUGAGGAGGAGUUGGGGCCUACAGCUCUCGAGAAGAGAAAACUUGAAGAUGCUGAAGCUGUUGGGAGCAAUGAGCCAAUAAAGCGGCAACGUCGGUGGAAUUCAGAGAACAUCAAAGUUCCAGAACGGCAAACAUCUAAUCUCAGCACUUCAAGUGCACACAAGGAUGCAGUUCAACCUACUAAGCGUACAUUCAGCAGGUCUGACUCAACACUCAGUGGAGAUUCCCCGAAGGAGCGUAUUGUGCCACCAUCACAGAAACCUGCCACAACUUCCCUGAGAAUAGAUCGUUUUUUGCGUCCCUUCACUCUGAAAGCUGUUCAGGAGCUGCUUGCAAAAACUGGAACCGUCUGCAGUUUCUGGAUGGACCAAAUCAAGACGCACUGCUAUGUAACUUAUUCAUCUGUUGAGGAAGCUGUAGCAACUCGAAACGCUGUCUACAAUCUCCAGUGGCCGCCUAAUGGUGGUAAACUUCUAGUUGCCGAGUUUGUUGACCCUCAAGAAGUAAAGAUGCAUGUUGAGGCCCCACCACAAUCACCUGGUCCCAUCAGUCCUAGCCCCACGACGCCAAAGGCAUCUCCCUUCCAGCAACCCCAGGCAUCCCAACCGCCUCGUCAAAAUGCCCUUAGGCAGCAGCUUCCUCCCCCACCACCCCUCCCUCCACCACCACCUCUAUCUGAUCCCCCUGUCAGGGAACGGCUUCCUCCACCACCUCCGCCAAAGAAACCCGAACCACCUGUUGUGACACUUGAUGAUCUCUUCAAGAAAACAAAAGCCAACCCAAGGAUCUACUAUCUACCCUUGUCUGAAGAACAGGUGGCAGCUAAACUUGCAGCACAGGGCAAAAGCAUCAGAGAGUAGCAAUUCCUCUUCAUGUUUGAUUCCUAUAUUAGUUGAGAUCAGGCAUCUUGGUGAGCUUGGGUCCAGACUAAUCAUUCUCUUGUUGGCCUGAGGACUAUCUUAUCAGCAGGCGAACUUUUCUUCUAUGUUUAGCAAAUAUAGGUUCUAGAUUGACUGUCUGAACAGUUUGUGAUACAAAAUGGUUGUCCUUGAACUCCAUAAUGGAAGGUCACCUUGCUGGUUAGCCCAGCAUGAGCCAUUUUAUUUGA